AUGGGUUUGUUUGCAGACAUAGAUGGACAGUUCCAUCGUGCGGUAGAUAUCGUACAGAGUCUCCCGAAAGGUGGUCCAGUACAGACGUCUUACGAGGAGAAAUUAUGGCUCUAUUCGUUAUAUAAGCAAGCUACCGAAGGAGAUAUCUCUAUACCUCGACCUGGUAUGUUGGACAUACUGGGAAAAGCGAAAUGGGACGCUUGGAACAAACAGAAAGGGAUAGAUAAGCAAGAGGCCAAGCGAUUAUAUGUGAAUGCAUUGUUGAAGAUUCUUCGCAACCACGGCGAGUCGGAAGGAACCCAGAAUCAUAUCUUAGAACUAGAAUCGUUCGAUACGAGUAUUAAUCAAGAUCAACCACCUAGACCAGUAUCCCCUGCGUCGUCCUCAUCAUCUUAUCAUUCUUCCCAAGCAUCACCUAUCGCUCAACCUUCCCCACCAAAUUACAACAUGCUACCUCCCGAUCCGUUACUGCCUCCUCCGGACGUAGCGGAAAAUAUCGUCCCUCCAUCAGCAUUAACAUCCUCGCACCGUUCUUUACUCAAUCUCUCUCAAGCGGGACAAUCUCCCUCCGGCACGCAAUCACAACCGCAAAGGAGCAUUCAGGAUAGUAUACCCCCCGCACAUGUUCGAUCUAGAACACAUAGUCUGGCAGGUGGACAGGGAUCUAUACAUUCUUUUCGACAACGUCAACCAGUACCGGCACCUAAUGAAUCGAACUAUCUAAGAAAUCCGAUCUCCAAUCCCAACGUGCAAAUGCCUCAAUAUUCUCAUUCGCCGAAUUUACCAGCAGUGAAGGAUUUCGUUCAGAUACAUACACCAGAUAUAUCAAAUUCACCUUAUUUAAAUAUCCAAAAUCCCAUUCCACCUACGGGUCAUACGCCCAUAACGAACUAUCCAACUAGGAUAGCAGGUCCAGGAUCUGCUUCGACGUUCAACGCUGCUCCAUUGAAUCUAUCAGUCAAUCUACAUAAUAUACAAACUUCUCUUUCUGCCUUACAUGAGAGAUUAUCGAUCCUGGAAAGGAAUCAGAGUAUAAUCUUAAGAAAACAGGCUAAUGCCGAUCGAAAGAGGAAUGGAUGGUUUGCAUGGAAUGGAAAUAGUGAAGGGGAAGAUGAAUUGGAUCAAUUGGAAGAAGAUGAAUUACAAAACUCUGCUUCAGCUUCGGCUUCUCAACAUUUGCGAAAUCCAACGGCGGGUAGUAGAGGUUCGAACCAGAUUACAGUGACUAGGGUGAAAGUUAGGAAACCGAAACUUACGAUUAGAAUCAUACUAUACCUGCUUUCAGCGCUGAGGAGAGCGGUGGUAGAUCUAAGUGUGGGUUUGACGCUUAUGGUGGUUUGUAUAGUUGUUCUGGGAGGUGGUUGGAGAAGAGCGAGAUGGACUCUGGGAUUGUUACAGGCUAAGUUCCAGAGAUAUCUCACUGAGGGACAUAUAUAG